GGUGGAGGGUGGGGUUGCAAGGGGAUAGCCGCUCCCUGAAAAAAAAAAAAGAUACUGAGGGGUCAUCUUUGCUUUCACUCGCGGACUAUUUGUGUAAUCCUGUGCAAUGCCCAGGGCAUAUCUGUCGUCUUAACUUUACAGGCUUGUAAAUCAAGUUUGUUAGUCUUUCUGAGGAAAGAAAUAGCUUGGGCGUAUUCCAGGUCAUUCAGUCGCUUGACGCUCGCCCCAAGAGCUGUACACUGACCGACAUCGUACUGUUAUAGGUGACAUUUGUAACCUGAGCAAUGCCUUCAGCGGUUUUGACAUUUUUUGUCUUCUUUCAUGGAUUUUUUAUCAUCUUGUGUGAUGGGCAGAGUAUAUCUGUUGCCAACAACAUUUACGAUUCUCUUCCUAAACUUGGAUGUAAUCAGUUUUUGGCCUUGAUAAAUAAAGCACAGUUAUCAUCAAGGUUCCAGUAUGCCCAAGAAAAUUAUUGGACUAUCAUUGUUUGGAAUGAUACUGCAUUUGAGAAUUUGCCACCUGCACGCAAAAAUGAGAUGCUGUCUAUGACAACAGAACAGAAUGAGGCCUACAUCACAGCAUUCACACUCACUAGAGUUUUGGAAACAACAACGUUCAGUGAGCAGCGACCAGAAGUGAGCAGAUCAGCAUACCAAACCAAAAUUUUCUUCAAUAUUCGUUCUCGACUCGAAGGGGAUGUUGCCAGUGGGACAGCUGGUCCCACAGAGUACUAUGCUAAUGGUGCCUUGAUCUUGAGACCAAAUAUUCCUGCAGGAAGAUCUAUGAUACAUGUUGUUGAUCGUGUCUUGGAACUCCCAAGCAAAUAUGGAGUUAAGGGGUUUAUCUCUCUACCAGGACAACCAGACACUGCAUUCUACGACAAUUUAGUGAGGUUCUUGCCUGCUGAAUACUGGAAUGAUGUGGUGGAGCCAUUGAACAGUAAUCAGCGUGUCACAGUAUUCGUCCCUACUAAAGAGGCGAUAGAUCGCAUACCUUCCGACAAGUUGCAGCAACUGCGAGGAUCUUCACAGCUCCUUCGUGAUGUGAUUAAGCGGCACAUUAUUGCAGACCAAAUAAUGUAUACAUCGUUUGUGUACCACAAUGAAGGUGUCAACACCUUGUAUGGACAACUCACCUACAGAAUCAGCAGCGAGAGAGAGACAGUGUUUGUCAGCAGUGGAGCUGUUACAGCUCAGGUGGUCCAUGGCAAUAUCACUGCCAUGAAUGGUGUGGUGCAUUUCAUUGACACUUUACUGGGCUAUGUUUACAAUACUGCUUUAGACGAGAUCAGGCUAACUUCAUUUGCAACGACAUUUGAGAAUGUGCUCAUCAAAUCUCGCAAUGACCUGCAGAAUGCUAUUGUACUGCCUAAUGGCAUCACUGUGUUUGUUCCUAUCAACCAAGCUUUCAGCAACUUGCCUAGCAUGUAUAAUUUUCAGACAAACCAGUCUCUCAUCAAUAUGGUCAUGGAGCUGUGUAUGCUUCAACAAGGAAUGGAGUUUCAGCUUACAAGUGUUAAUGGAGAUUAUGAAGCAAGGCGAACUCUUCUGUCACGCUACUUUAACCGCCCUGUCAAUGUUUACAGUCAGGGCAAUGAGACAUGGGUGGAAUCAGGAUACGUAAAGGCAAAGGUGGUGCGGCCUGACAUAGGAGUUACCAAUGGAUUCAUACACUUCAUUGAUGCAGUGCCAGGGCUACCAAGCAAAAGUAUUCCAGAUACCAUUUUCUGUGAAGACUGGUUAAUCAAAUCACAUAUGGAGCUACAAAUAACAGGGUUGGAUGUUUAUCUGAGUGAUCCACUGGCAAAGGCAGUUGUACCAUGUGCCUCCAGCACAGGUGUAAACAAGUAUCCCGCAUCCAGCCAGCAGCAAGCUGCCUCAGCACCUCCAAGCUGUGGUACAAUAGGAGAACGUUGUUCUUUUACUGUCUUCAUCCCCAGUGGGACAGCCAUUGACUCUUUUGAAAAUCAGACCUAUGGUAAACAGAUAAAAACAGAUACCAACAAAUGGCAGUGGGUGUUGCGUCGCCACAUGACAAGACAGAUCAUCUACAUAGACCAGACAGCACUGACACAAGAGAGGGAGUACACUGCAGACAAUGGAGAUGUUGUCCGGUACAAGCGUUCUACUGAUCGAUAUGCAUAUUUGUACUUCAGAGGAAAGCAAGCACGAAUUUUGCACUCUGAUCUGGGGGCCACAAAUGGUGUUGUUCACAUCAUUGAUCAAGUCAUCUUCACUGACGACGAUUUACCUCUUGAUUCUUUUUCCCCCUCCAGUCACACCACUUCAGCAGUUCCUAAUUUAACAUUAAAUGUUAACACAUCUGUAUCUCCCAAUUUCACUUUACCUCCUGUCCCCACCGGAGUUCCCUUGUUUGGAUUAUGUCCGCUCACUUCUGCAGGGGCACAAAUUUUUGCAUUAUGUCCACUCCCUAAUUUAGCUAACAAUUCCCCAUUGAAUCCUCUCAAUUCUUCAUCUCUAAUGUUUGGACUAUGUCCUAUCUCUUCUGAAACUCCCAUGCUUGCAUUAUGUCCUCUCCCUUAAAUAAUCUCCCAGCGUCAAGUCCUCUCCAUUUUGCUCAACAUCUCGCACCAUCAGCUGCUUUGUUGAUAGCAAGUCGUCAUUUAUAUAUAGGAUAUAUUUUUUGGACUUUAUUUAAUCCACAUUCUGUAAGUUUUUACAAUUAAUAAAAUAAGUAAAUAAAAAAACUUAUUUGAAAUAA